AUGCUGACCGACAUACUCCAUCGAGUAGCACCAGCACUCCUCAGACAGCGCGCAAGAGCUCUUGUCCCAAAUGCUAUGCCCUUGACGAGCCAUAUCCGGUUCUUUUCAUCUCCUUCUCCUCCCGCUAAUGAGAAGGAUUCCAAUGCUACCUCCGAAUCAUCGCCUCUGCAGCCAGUUUACACUAGGGCAAUCCCAAGGCCCUCUGGAAAGAUGUACGAUUUCCUUCUCCAUACGACUAAGGAGACCGUAGCACGAACGAAGUCUCCAGAUGAAGUCUGGAAGGAAUGGGAGCUCACGAGAGUCAAUCAUCUAGUCAAACCUAGCAACGCCUACUCAGGUCGUAGUAUUCCAGUCGGGAAAUACGAGGCUGGAUCCGCCUACAUCAGGUUGAUGAGGAUCAUCAGGAAUAACAAGUUGAUCCGGGAGAUGGUUGCGGCGAGGAGGCACGAAAAGAAGGGUGAAAAAAGGAGGCGUCUGAAGAGCGAGCGCUGGCGGAGACGCUUUGCGCAUGAGGUGAGGAAGAAGGUGCAGCUAGUGAAUGAAAUUCGUGCUCGUGGAUCGUGA